AUGCAAACACGCUCAUGCGGCAAAUCCAAUUUGUUGAGCUUCACCGAACUUCAACGAGCUGAACGAGCUAAACGCGAGCGUCAACGGCAGAACAGAGUAGAGGCAGAGUCGAGUUCAGGAUUUCAGACAGGUUCCGAGUUACAGCUAAGUGACGACGACUCUGGUACUGAUACGAUGGCAGAUAAUCACGGAGGAGCUCCUCCACCGGGAGCGAUUCCACCACAAGCCGGGAUUCCGGUUCAAGCUCAACGACCGGCAAGAAAAAUUGGUGCUGAUGCAGGAUAA